GUCUUCUGAAUGAAGCUUUCUGGAAAGGAGGCCCGGAGGGUUCCACUGCCCGCCUCAUGAGAGGAGAGAUCACGUUUUCCCAGUGGGUGCCGCUCAUGGAAGAAAACUGCAGGCAACACUCCAAGGCCUCUGGAAUCCACCUCCCCGAGGAUCUCUCUAUAAGUCAAAUAUUUGGCAAAGCAAUUUCAGCAAGAAAGAUCAACUGCCCCAUGCUUCACGCGGCUCUCACCCUCAGAAAGAACGGCUUUGCAACCGCCAUCCUCAGCAACAACUGGCUGGACGACCGCGCCGAGAGAGACGGACCGGCCCAACUGAUGUGUGAGCUGACGCCACACUUUGACUUUCUGAUAGAGUCGUGUCGCGUCGGGAUGGCCAAGCCUGAGCCUCAGAUCUACAAGUUGUUACUCGACACCCUGAAGGCCAGCCCCCACGAGGUUGUUUUCUUAGAUGACAUCGGGGCUAAUCUGAAGCCUGCCCGGGACUUGGGGAUGGUCACCAUCCUCGUCCACGACACCGACACGGCCCUGAGAGAACUGGAACAAGUGACUGGGAUGCAGCUUCUCAGUACUCCAGCCCCACGGCCAAGCCCCUGCAACCCGAGUGACGUGAGCCAUGGGUACGUGGCAAUAAAGCCGGGGGUCCGCCUGCAUUUCGUGGAACUGGGCUCUGGCCCCGCCGUGUGCCUCUGCCAUGGGUUUCCCGAGAGCUGGUAUUCUUGGAGGUACCAGAUCCCCGCUCUGGCCCGCGCAGGCUACCGGAUUCUAGCUGUGGACAUGAAAGGCUAUGGGGAGUCAUCUGCUCCUCCCGAAAUAGAAGAAUAUAGCCUGGAAGUGUUAUGUAAGGACAUGGUGACCUUCCUGGAUAAGUUGGGCCUCUCUCAAGCAGUGUUCAUUGGCCACGACUGGGGAGGCAUGCUGGUGUGGAGCAUGGCGCUCUUCUACCCCGAGAGAGUCAGGGCGGUGGCCAGUCUGAAUACUCCCUUCAUCCCGGCAAACCCCAAAGUGGCCCCCAUGGAGACCAUCAAAGCGAACCCAGUGUUUGACUACCAGCUCUACUUCCAAGAACCAGGCGUGGCUGAAGCCGAGUUGGAGCAGAACCUGCCGCGAACUUUCAAAAGCUUCUUCAGAGCAAGCGAUGAGACAGUUUUAUCCGUGCAUAAAGUCCGUGAAACGGGAGGACUCUUUGUAAAGACUCCAGAAGAUCCCGGCCUCAGCAAGAUAGUCACCGAGGAGGAAAUCCAGUUCUACGUGCAACAGUUCAAGAAGUCUAGUUUCAGGGGUCCCCUAAACUGGUAUCGAAACAUGGAGAGAAACUGGCAGUGGGGAUGCAAAGGCUUGGGCCGGAAGAUCCUGAUCCCAGCCCUGAUGGUGACGGCGGAGAAGGACUUUGUGCUGGUUCCUCAGAUGUCCAAGCACAUGGAGGAGUGGAUCCCCCACCUGAAAAGGGGCCACAUUAAGGACUGUGGACACUGGACGCAGAUGGAGAAGCCGGCCGAGUUGAAUCAGAUCCUCAUCGAGUGGCUGGAAACCGAUGCCCGGAAUCCCCCUGUGGUCUCCAAGAUUUAGCACAUUUCGUGUGUGUCCACACCAGCUGGCACACCCACCUCCCCACCUGCUGGGUGCCACUCUUGGUGUCCAGAGGUGGCCUUACACCCGUCUCUCGUGACAGCGGCGUUGUUCUGAAGGGGUGUGCAAAAAAAAAAAAAGUAUGAUUUUCUUUAAAUGAAGCGAAUCAAAUUUGAUGUAAUUUUAGACCCAGGAGAUAUCAGGUGGGAUUAACUCUCCAGGUAUAAAUGCUCUGUCCCUUUAUCUCAAAGGAUGUGACGUCCUGCAGAGGGACAAUGGGGUGGCCAGGGGGUGGCUUCUCUUCGACUGACCAAUUUGUAGUUUUGCAGCAAAAUCAGUGGUUCACGUGGAAGUAUCUCGGGAGAGCUUAGGAUGCUUGACUCAAUAAAGCCACGACGACAGCAACCGCA